UAAAUUGUUUUGAACGAUAAGAACAGUAAGGGGAAAAAAGUCAAUUUCGAUGACUGUGCAAAUGUGUUGAAUUGGUAGUCUGUGUUGUAUUAAGUUUGCUGCAUCUCGAUUUUUGUGUUAAAUAUGAAGGAAUAUCUUGAAUCGUUGAUUCGAUCUGAUAAAACAGAUACUUACAAAGCAGCCGGGGUGAUCGAUCAGAAUCUAGCAGAAUGGAAGGAAGAAAUGGAAAACAAGACCAACGAAUUGAUUCCGGUUAAAGAUCCCAUCACUUUUAGUUGGUAUGACAUAACAGCCCAAAGUAUUCACGAAGAAACCGAGCAUCCUCACAGGCUCAUGUGUUGGUGCUCGGCAGGAGAAAGACAGCGAAAUAAAAUGAUUCUGAAAAAUGUGAGUGGGAUCGCUCAUCCAGGAGAGCUGUUUGUCCUUAUGGGUUCCAGUGGUGCAGGAAAAACCACUUUGCUAAACUGUGUGACGUUCAGAAAUAUAAGAUCGCUAAAAAUAACAGGGUUGGUUAGAGUGAAUGAUACUUUAGUGAAUCAGACCGAAUUGGCUGGGCAAUCAGCUUAUGUCCAGCAAGACGAUCUUUUUGUACCUUGCUUGACUGUGAAAGAACAUAUGAUAUUCCAGGCGAGGUUAAGGAUGGAUAGCUGUUAUACUUACGAAGAUAAGUUACAUCGUAUAGAGGAAUUGCUGAAUCAGCUGUCUCUCACCAAAUGUCAAAAUGUUGUUAUUGGUUUACCAGGGGUAGUUAAAGGCAUUUCUGGCGGAGAACGCAAAAGACUGGCGCUAGCUUCGGAAUUGUUGAUGAAUCCCUCCUUGCUCUUUUGUGAUGAACCUACAACUGGUUUGGAUUCUUUUAUGGCACUUAAUGUCAUGCAAACCCUAAAAACCUUAGCUGCCAGUGGUAGAACUGUAAUUUGUACAGUUCACCAGCCUUCGUCAGAACUAUUCGAGUUAUUCGACAAGAUUUGCUUGAUGGCAGAAGGAAGAACUGCCUUUUUGGGAACUCGAAGCGAAGCCGAUGACUUCUUCACAAAGUUGAAGGCGCCUUGCCCCCUUAACUUCAGUCCGGCAGAUUACUACAUCCAAAUUCUGUCCAUAAUCCCUGGAAAGGAAGACCUUUGUAAAAAGAAUGUUAAUUGCAUAUGCGAUGCCUUCGAGAGAUCUUCUGGUGGUAUUAAAUUGAGGAAAGCUUGUCGUUCUACGAAAUACGAGCCAAGUGGAGAACAAUGGGAGAUCAAAUCUUCUCCAAUCAGCCCUUACAAAGUUGGAUGGUGGGAGCAAUUCAAAGCUGUCUUCUGGAGGUGCUGGUUGGGUAUAAGGAAAAAUAAAAAGAUAACGCGUUUGAAGUUCCUGUCGUAUUUAAGUGUUACCGUCCUGAUAAGUGCUCUCUACUAUAAUCAAGUGCUAAAUACGCAAGGUGUUCGAAAUAUUUGUGGUGCUCUCUUCCUCUUUCUGACCAAUUCAACAUUCAAAAAUCUUUCAGGAGUUAUAGUGACAUUCUGCUCGGAGCUACCGUUGUUUUUACGGGAGCACAAGAAUGGGAUGUAUCGAACUGAUGUAUACUUCUUAUCUAAAUCCUUGGCCGACAUUCCGUGGUUCAGCUUCCUUAACGCGAUGUUUACAGGAACCUGCUAUAUUUUCAUAGGUAUGAAUCCCACUGUCCCAAGGUUCCUCACUGCUAUUGGUAUCACUUUAUUGGUGACGUAUACGGUUUUAGGCGUAGGGUACAUAUUAUCCGUAUCAACUCCGAGUGUACACAUAGCACAACAACUGAUUGCUGCUACAGUAACACCUUUUUUGAUACUUGGAGGUUAUUUCUUGGAUAUACGUUCUAUUCCCUAUUAUUUGACAUGGUUGUCAGAUUUAUCGUGGUUCAAAUGGGCUAAUGAAGCUCUUUUGAUCAAUCAAUGGGAGAAUGUGAAGAAUAUAACUUGUACUGAUCAAUUGAGUGAUUGUAUGCGAAAUGGAAUGCAAGUCCUAGAGGAAUAUGGAGUAGCGGGUCCUGAUAUUGGUGAUGAAUUAUCAGAAAGUUCUAAAUUCACGGAGUCAUUCAAAUUACGAACAAGAUCUUACACAAGAUGGUCACCAACUGAAGAAGGGGUAACAUUAUCCUGGAGUGACGUCAGUGUCUACACCAGAUUACGAGAAAAGGGGAAAUUCAAGUAUAAGAGAAUCAUCAAUGGAGUUAACGGUGCAGUAAAAUCUGGCAGCUUAGUUGCACUUAUGGGUGCUAGCGGAUCAGGCAAAAGUACUCUCAUGAUGGCUCUAGCCCAUAGAAAUUCAGGAGAUAUAACAGUCGAAGGAGACAUUUUAGUGAAUGGCAGACAACUAGGAGAUUACAUGAAAUACAUAAGUGGCUGCAUGUAUCAAGAAGACAUCUUUGUAGGCUCCUUGACAGUGUGGGAGCAUAUGAACAUAAUGUCUCAUCUGAAAUUAGACCGCAGAUUUUCUUCUCAAGAUCGACAACUUAGAAUUCAUAAAAUAUUGAAAGAUCUCGGACUUUUCCACUGUUUGUAUACUAGGAUAGGAGCGAUUGGUAGUAAUAAGACUCUAUCUGGAGGGGAAAAGAAGAGGCUGUCUUUCGCAACAGAAUUGCUUACUGAUCCCCCAAUAUUAUUCUGUGAUGAACCGACAACAGGUCUGGAUUCCUACUCGGCCCAGAAUUUGGUAUCAAUGAUGAACGUAAUGGCAACCGGUGGCAAGACAAUCCUGUGUACCAUUCAUCAACCUUCGUCUGAGAUCUUCGCCAUGUUCAGCCAAAUCAUAUUGUUGGCUGAAGGUAGAAUAGCUUACAUGGGUUCCAGAUCAGGAGCUUUGAAUUUCUUCAAUUCAAUGGGAUAUCCCUGCCCUUCAGCUCAUAAUCCAGCCGAUUACUUUAUUAGGAUUUUGGCAACACCUCACGGAUUCGAAGAGAACAGUAAGAAUGUAGUCAAAAAGAUCUGUGACAAUUUUUCAGUAAGUGAUUAUGCGAAGGAGGUGGAUGUAGUAGUGCAGUAUGAAUUCCAUAUGGGAAGAGCUGGAACAUUUAACGAGUUCGAAGUUCGUUCCAAGUUCAAGGAGGCCCGCUGCUUGACGAAACUUUAUUUUUUGAUUUAUCGCUGGUUCCUGGACAUUUUGAGGGAUCCUACCAUCCAGAUUCUUGGGAUUAUGCAGAAAGUGGGAAUAGGUCUCAUGGUAGGCUUAUGUUAUUCCAACGUAGAUCCCAAAACUCAGGAUGGAAUCCAGGCUGUUCAGGGUAUGGCUUUCCUGCUGAUAUCGGAAAAUACAUUCUCUCCUAUGUACUCAGUGCUUGAAACAUUUCCAAAAGAUCACGCAUUAUGUAUAAGAGAAUAUCAAUCAGGGCUCUAUGCCCUAUCAACAUACUACGUCUCUAAGAUUCUAGCAACGGUGCCCGGACUUCUCAUUGAACCGAUAAUUUACGUUUUGAUAGCUUAUUGGUUGGCAGGACUACAAUCCACAUUGAAUGCUUUCUUCUUCACUGUUUUGGCAGCUGUUUUAACCAUGAAUGUUUCCUGUGCUUGUGGGAUUUUUUUCUCUAGUGCUUUCGAUACGUCUGCUAUGGCUAUGCAGUAUUUGAUUCCCUUCGAUUGCAUCAUGAUGGUGACAUGUGGGAUAUUCAUCAAUUUGAGUACUUUAUCUGCCAUAAUUUCAUGGACUAAAUAUUUAUCCUGGAUGAUGUAUUCCUAUGAAGUAAUCACCAUUGUCCAAUGGCAGAAUGUUAAGAAUAUAACUUGUAGUCCGACUUCUCAAGAUCUCCCAUGUUUGACUGAUGGUGAAGAAGUUUUGGAAAAAUUCAGUUUUUCCAAAGAUAACCUUACAAAAAAUUUAUUUGCAAUGGUCUUUUUAUGUGUAGCGUUUUAUGUUAUUGGCUUCUUUUGUUUGUGGAGAAAAAUGCAGAGAAAAUGAAAUGUAAAUUUUUAUUAUCAAAUAUAAACGACAUAUU